UUCUCUCUCUCAUGUACACACACACAACAUUAAUAUAUAUAACAUGUUUGUAUGUGUGUCUAUAUUAUAAUACCCACAAAUCUGUCUGUCUCUCUUUCAAGAUGCUCAAAUCCAUCAAGAUCCAAUCACACCCAUCUCCAUGAAUCUCCACAACUCAUCUCUCUCUCUCUCUCUUUCUCUCUCUCUCUCUCUCUAAAAUGAACAAAAUGAUUCAUGCAUCCUCACCUGAAUACUCUCACUCCUCUCAUACUGGUAAUUUCCCAUUCAUAGCAGUUGCCAUUAUUGGCAUAUGUGCUACAAUCUCUUUUCUUGUGUUUUACUACAUCUUUGUCAUCAAAUGCUGCCUAAACUGGCACCGAAUCGACAUUUUACGCCGCUUUUCGCUAUCGCGAAGCGCCAACAAUCACUACCACCACCACCACCCGCUUGUCCCUUUGUCCCCGGAGCACACCGGGCUCGAUGAGUCCGUUAUUCGUUCGAUCCCAAUCUUUCGUUUUCGGAAACAUAAGCAUUCGGAUAACGAAUGCGCGGUGUGCCUAGGGGAGUUUCAAGAAGAUGAGAGGCUUCGAAUGAUACCUAAUUGUGCACAUGUGUUUCAUAUUGACUGCAUUGAUAUUUGGUUGCAAAACAACCCGAAUUGCCCGCUUUGUCGGAAUAGUAUUUCCGUUUCGAUACUGUUGCAUAUUCCGAUACCCGAGCAUUCGCCACGGGUCCGAAAUGAUGAAGAAAAUUAUGUUGUUAUUGAACUACAUGGUGAUAAUAAUGGUGGUGGUGAUGGAGAUGAGGGGAGAGACAUGUCGAGAGAAAGGGGGAAUCUAAACUCUGGAGAACCUGUUACUAGAAAACUCACGGAAAAGUUUAGAAAAAGAUAUGGGUAUAAUUCAAGCAUGGGAGAUGAAUGUAUUGGUGUUAAUACUAGACGAAAAGGCGAUGAUCAAUUCGUGAUUCAACCGAUUCGAAGAUCGUUUUCUAUGGAUUCGGCGUCGGACCGACAACUAUUUUUGGCCGUUCAAGAAAUUAGGAACUCGUUGAAUCACGUUGAUGUAAUUGGAGUAAACGAAGAAUGGAGCAGUAACGGUAACAGUAACAAUAACGGUAACAGACUUAGACGGGGUUUCUUUUCAUUUGGGCAUGCAAGAAGUGCAAUUUUACCAUGUCAUUUAAAACCAUAGGACAAGUAUAUGAAUUCUUGUUUUUUGUUUUUAUUUUUGGAUUACACUAGAUAGUUGUCAAAUAUAAUUUUGUAAUUUAGAAAUUAGUUUAAUUUUUUAAUCUAUUUUUAUUAGAUUUGUUGGGAAGUGAGCUUUGAUUCAUCUUCUUUGGUUGGUCCUCCAAAGUUUGACAUUUUAUAAAGUAUUA